AUGGCAACAGCCAAAAUAGAACAGAAGCUCGGCUACGAGAUGCAAGUCAGCGCCAAGGACGGCAACCUCGCUCAGCUCCAAACCCAGCUCGCCCACUGGGAAGCAGGCAUAACCGGUAACAACCUGACGCAAGAGGAUUAUCUAUGCUCUAAUAUUACGGUCGCCGAGAAAAAGGAAGUCUGCCAGGCGCUCGGUCGCAAGUAUCACCCCGCCGAGCCCAUAGAUUUAAUUUAUAUUAUGCUGAACCGGUUGAUGAUCCAGGUGUCAAGGAGGAAUCAAGUAAAUGUAAUCCAGUACCUUCUGGAAGACAGAAAGUGGCCAGUUUCACGCAUCGCCGUGCAGAGGGCGAUGGAGACGGAUUCUUUUGAUGUCCUGGAGUUAUUUCAGAAAUAUGGAUGGGAGAUCAAUGAGCCGAUAAAGCAGAACCAUUGUACGAUCCUCAGGUGCGUGAAUUUCUAG